AUGGAUGGAAAGAUCAGCUUUCAAGCACUUUUACUUGCAAAUGAGCAACGGAACGCGUACGGACUGAGGUACAACGACUAUGAACGCUACAGGAAGCACUGUGCUAACAGGACCCAUCGCCUACGGUCAUCACUGAAGAUAACCCAUGGGAGAGGACGCGAGUUCAAGAAACUGCCUCCGCUGAAACUGGAGACUCUCAAAGAGGGACACUUGCAAUUGCUGCUCUUCGAGGCAGAGCGCGCAUGGGUCUACUCUCAAGAGCUGGAGAUGGAGUCCGUACAAGCUGCAACUAAGGCUGCCUCCACCAAGACUCCAGGAAGCACGCCGAAUCACCACCGCCAUGCAACCAGUCGCCUCCGCCGCGCCAUGAACUGGUCCACCCAGCUGCUUUCCCAUUGUGAGGCGCUGUAUGCUGCGUCGCGGCUCUCCGCAGAAGACCUCGUCCAGGCGACUGUCUACACACUCAUCCUGAACGGCCGCUUCCUGCGUCACCGCUUCGACUUCGACGACGCUCUGCCGCAGCUCAGCGUCGCGCGCAACCUUCUGGAUGAGCUCGCCUCCAAGGCGGCGACGAGCCGGGACCAGGCGCUAGCCGUUGCGUUCGCGGACGAGAUUGGCCCGGAGAUCAGGCACUGUGCACAUGAACUCCGGCGCGAGAAGGCGUACGACAUCGAUGCGAUCGUCGCGGAGCUCGCACCCGCUCACAGGAACACGAUUGUCGAAGACUGCGACGCGCUCGUCGCCAGUCUCGGUAAAGGUGAGGGAGGUGCGGAACAAGAGCGCAAGAAGUUAGGCACGUUGAUGUGGGAGAGUGAACCUGUACCCGUGCGCAACCCGGAGCUCGUGGACGUGUUGCUAAAGGUGCAAGAAGCGGAACGGAGGCUGACAGAGGCUGAGAAGUCAGAGGAAAAAGCGGCCGAGCAAGUCCCUGCAGAACGUAGUAAGAAGAAAGGCAAGGUCGGCAAGGGCACGCGGUCGAAGCGAGGAGUUGCGGCAUACGAUGCCGUUCUCCUAGCCCUGAGCGAUGCAGAGGAAGUAGCCCGUAGACUGGUUGAGGUUCAACAGUUGAGUGGUGCAAAUGCUGGAAUCUUGGCGGCUGGAACGCGCGACAUCCAGUUUAUGCAUGCAUAUAUCGUCUUUCAAUUACUUUCUCGCCGGAUUCAGCGAGACCUACUCUUGAUUUCGACCCUCUUGCACCAGUCGCAAGCCUCGCACCACGCGAAUCCGGCCAAGAAGAGCAGCGCCAGUCCUUCCAAGCCUGGGAAGGAGCAGGUGGAUGCGCGACUUUUCCCCGCGGUCGUCAAGCUAUUGGAUAGCGUAAUACAGAGUCUGACGCAGAUGCGCACACUCACUGUUGUCGACGAAAGCCCCGACCUCGCCUCAGCUGCUGACGCAAGAUUAUUGUUCACGAAAGCUCGCAGGUGCCGCUAUGCAGCGCGCUGUUAUUCCCCGCUCAAGAGAUAUGCAGAGGCCCUAACGCUCACGCAGCACGCCACCAUCCAGCUGCGAGAGGCCCGUUCCGUCCUCUCCCUCAUCGCAGACAGUGACCUCAUUUCCGCGGGCACUUCUUCCUUCUACCCACUUACCACCUCUGACGUCGAUGAUCUAGAAGAGGAGGUGGCUACCGAUGGUCUCGGCUUCAAGACAGACUGGUUCGCGUACAACGGCGGCCAAGUCGGCGCAGACAACAAGACCUACAAGAAGCCGUUAUUCUUCGAUAUCGCGCUGAAUUAUGUGCAGCUUGAUAUGGCCCGGUUGCAGGAGCGUGCGGGAAAGAGGCCUGUUGAGGUGAAGGUCGUCCCACAAGCGCAACCCAAGAUUUCAGCGCCGGUGCCGCAGAAAGCAAUGCCCAAGGCCAAGCUCGAGGAAAUCGAGCGACCUGCAACACCGGAGCCGUCCGCACUCCCUCGCGGCGGUUUGAGUACCUUGCUUGGAGGUUGGUGGGGCAGGAAAUGA